AUGGAGAGCUCUUCGGUCAUAUCAAGUGAACACCUGGUUUCCAAUGUGCACCUGCUGGCCAGUCUGGUUCGUCGAUUCCACAUAGCUCAACUCACGAGUGUUCCGUCGCAACUGGAGUCGUGGUUGAGUCAAUUGGGGAAGGGGGAUGGGUCAUUCGCCUCGCUUCAGGCAGUCGUGUCCAGUGGCCAACUCCUGCCGUCUUCCCUGGCCAAUCAAAUAUUUGACGUGUUCACGCACAAACCAUUCCGACUGCUGAAUCUCUACGGAAGCACAGAAGUAGCGGGCGACAUCACGGCAGUGACGUUCGACAGCAAAGAAGCCAUUGAGCGCACUGCCUUCCAACUGCCAACGGGUGGACUCGUAGUGCCUGUUGGCACUCCAAUCGACAAUAACGAGGUGUACGUGGUCAGCGGCGACUAUGGCACAGAGAAUAUGACGAUCGCCAGAGAAGGCGUUGUGGGAGAAGUGGUGGUGUCAGGUGUGGGUGUUCUUACGGAGGAGCCCAUUGUGAAUUCGAGCAAUCCAGUGCAAACGCGCACAAUCCUUCCAAAUCCUUUCGGCACACAUUCACGCUUCUCUCAGAUCUACCGCACUGGCGACAUUGGAUUCAUCUGCCCCAACACUCGCAUGCUCUACAUCACUGGUCGGGUGGAUGACAUGGUGAAGAUCAAUGGAGUGAAGUUUUGUACUGGAAACAUUGACCAACUGUUCAGCCGACUCAAGCACCAGGACGAUGUACUUUCGGGGCUAAGCACUACCGUGACCAUUGCUCUGGAGAAAGGAGGGAGCAGUGCGCGUCUGGUCUGCUUCUUCCAGCGCGACGCAGCUGCGGUGCGUGGAUUCACUGCCUUGGAUCUUGACAUGGCCGUGAAGAAGCACUUCUCAUCUUUCAUCUCCGUGACCGUCGUCGAGGUGCCUUCGUUCCCAAUUCAAGCGCAGUCUGGCAAAAUCGAUAAAGUCAAAUUAAGGCGCGAUUUCCAGCAAGGCGUCUUCUCUGACAUGAAGCCUGCCCACACCAAUGGC